AUGUUCCCUCCUACAGAUAGGAAGACUUCGGCUAACUUGAGAUACGAUGUUGUAGUAGAUUCGCUCAACAAACGUGCGGAUGCCGCUGUCGACGCCGGGCGUGGCGGCGGGCAUGGCGGCGGCGGCGGCGGUGGUGGACACGGCGGAUUCAGCGGCGGACACGGAGGCGGACACGAAGGCGGACAUGGAGGGGGCGGCGGCGGACACGGCGGAUUCAGCGGCGGACACGGAGGCGGACACGAAGGCGGACAUGGAGGGGGCGGUGUAUACCACCCUGUAUACGAAGGCCCCAAAUACGUGCCUGUCCCGAUCUACCCCCCGUACCCCUACCCCCCCUAUCCCCCCUACCCUCCUCACACGAGCAAGACCAAGACCACAAGCAAGACCAAGACCACCAGCAAGACCAAGACUACGAGCAAGACUACGAGCAAGACCACGACGACGACGACGACGACGACCACGCCUACGACGACGACCACGACGACGACGACGACGACGACCACGACCUGCAGUAUCCCUGAGACUGAAAAGACAUACUAUAUCCCCGCAGCAGCCACCGUAGGGCAGACACUUGCGGUCAGAGUCCCUAGCUGCGCUAAAAAGAUGCGCUUCAUCGUGAGAGGAGGAGGAGGCGGGGGCCCAGUUGACUCUCAGGCUGUCGACCCACUUGGCGGGGUUAAACAAUGGUUGGGUUACGGCGGGGUUGUCACUGGUAAUUUGGAUGUUACUCCCGCGCAACAAUACUUUCUCGUUGCUGGAGGAGCAGGUGACAAGGGUGGGAGCUUUGGUCAAAGUGCGUAUGGCAAGGGUGGCCUCGCGGCAAAUGGAGCAGGAGGCGGUGGUGGUGCGUCUGCACUGUUGCUGGGCACUUCAGCCCUUGGGGAGGAGAUUGCUGUUGCGGGAGGGGGAGGAGGCGACUCGACUGCCGUUGUCCCUUUCCAGGUUCCAAAUAGCUGGUCGUUAACGUACACCAAUUCCGGCAACGCUGGUAUUCAGGGCGAGACGAAAACACUGACCGCGCCACCGCAAGAUACUUUGAAACUUCAAACCGACGGGGGAUUUCCAGGAACUCUGCUUACACCCGGGACAAAGGGACUCUUCACCCCAUUAUCCGUUACGACGGCGAUUACUGGGAAUAAUGCAGUUGGCCAUGAUGGAGCAGAUGGAGUUUCUUUUACCUAUUCAGGCACCUCGAAACUAGGUUCAGGUGGAGGCGGAGGAGGCUUUAAUGGAGGCGGAAGCGGAGCUGUAGGCAGUGUGGAGGCGCCCGGCAACAAAAUUGUUGUACUCUCUGGAGGUGGUGGGGGUGGAUAUAACUACUACCAGAUUGCUAAGGUUACCCAGGGCACUUCAACGGUUGCUUCAAGCAACACCGCUGGCAGGUGUCCAAGGCAUGUUCCUUUAGAUAGUUCUACUACUACUACCGCAUCUUGGUAG